AACAUUUUCGUUGCGGACAAGUGUGCUCGUGUUAAAAAUAAAAAUAAGAAAAGUGCUCUUUUUUCCUCAUCGUGUGAUCAACAAAUUCGGAAAAAUAAGCAGCCAACUUAGCUUUUGCACGCUGCGUCAGUUGGCGCUGCUGCUUGAAAAUAUGGAAGUGGAUCCGGAUGAGGAGCGUGCGGCGGACACAUCGAUCUACGACGAUUCCCUCGAUUUUGGCUACUUCAACAUGGCGCACGGAAUGCUCGUCGAGAUCGAAGAAGAUCUCCGCGCCCGUUUCCCCGGCGAACCCCGUGUCCCCUAUUCCCAGUUGAACACCCUCUAUUUGGCAGCGCGCAGCAGCCAAAUGAUGAGAUUCGUUGAGGCCCUAAACACGAUCAGCUCGACGAAAGUGCAAACGCAUUUGGUCAACACGAACUUUGAUCAGCCCGAUGGCCAAUCGCUGACGCCGCUCACCAUGGCCGCAAUGUCGGGCAAUGUGACGUUUGUGAAGACGCUGCUCUCGCACUACGAUGUGGAUCUGGAAAGGGAGUGCAAUGUCAUCUUUGAUGGCCUUGUCGUGUAUGGGGCGACAGCGCUGUGGGUAGCCGCUGGCAUGGGUCAUCUGCAGAUUGUCAAGAUGCUGGUGCAGGCAGGCGCUGCGAUAAAUCACAACACGAAGGCGCAAUCAUCUCCACUGCGCGCCGCCUGCUAUGAAGGUCGCUUGGACAUUGUGGAGUUUCUGAUCGAGCAUGGCGCUGAUGUGAAUGCAACCAAUUUGUUUAACAAUAACACGUUAAUGAUCGCCGCGUACAAGGGUCAUCAUCUGGUCGUGAAUACGCUGCUGCAGAACGGCUCCCAUCCCAAUGAUCAGGCGCUGUGUGGUGCAACGGCGCUGCACUAUGCCGCCGAGAGUGGUCAUUUGGAGGUAGUCACGGCCCUGCUUGAUCAUGACGCAACGUUGCAGAAUAAUGAGGCGGGUAUAUCGCCGGCACUGCAGGCUGCCGAACGGUUGCACGAGGAUGUCGUCGAGGCAUUCAUUCAGCGUCCGGGCCUGAUGAGCAAGGAGGAACAGAUCACCGCACUGGAGCUGCUGGGCGCCACGUAUGCCAACGAUAAGAUCAAAUACGAUGUGAAUCGCGCCUACAGCUAUCUGCUGCGUGCCAUGGAAAUGCGCUACAGCGAUGCGAGGCAUGUGGUGCGCAAGAAGGUGCAGCAGCCGGUGCCCGCCUACGACAGCUGGUUCGAAACGGAAAAUCUGCCCGAGCUGAAUGCCAUCAAGUUGAACCAUCACUCCAUACACAUGGAAUCGCUGGCCAUACGGGAGCGUGUACUGGGCAAAAAUAAUCCAGAGCUGCCGCAGGCCAUAGUUUAUCGCGGCGCAGUCAUGGCGGAUCAGGGUCGGUUCGAGCAGUGCCAAGUGCUGUGGAACUAUGCCAUCGAUCUGCGCAUGCGCAACAAUGUGUCCGUGGAGCGAGAUUUGCUACGUUUUGCUCAGCUCUUUGCGCAAAUAUUACGCGUCGAGAAUCACCGGUUAACGUUGGAUCAUGUUUUGCCCGUGUUGGAGAAGUGCCAGCAGGAGAUAGAGAAUAACAAGCUCAAAAUGAUGAAUGAUAAGCCAAAUACCUGCGCCAGUUUGCUGCAAGAUCAGAACAACCAAAACUGCAUCACAGCGUUGUAUUUAAUUAAAAUAGUCACUCAGCUGGCGCGUCGCCGAAAGGAUCAGGAGAUCAAUGAGGAGCAGAUACAGCAACUGUUCCUCACAGUGCGCAAGUUCAUCAAGCACGAUACCCGCCUCCAGGAUGGCCAAACGUUGUUACAUCUAGCCGUCAACGGAGUGACGCCUGUAGAUGAGUUCUACACAAACGAAAUGUGCAAAUUUCCCUGCUAUGCGACCGCUUUGGUGCUGGUGCACUGUGGCGCUUCUGUUGUUGCUGUGGAUGCUGCAAGGAAUACACCGCUGCAUAUACUGGUUACCAAGAUCAAUAGCACACAGGAUCGCCAGGGCGAAAUGACGCGCAUUUUGCAGCUAUUUGUGGAGGCGGGCGCUCACUUGGAUGCGGUGAAUGCAGCGGGUCAAACGGCAGCUGUAGCCUGCAAGCAGGCUAACUUGGCCAACGUGCUGCACGGACAUCAGAAUGCGCACACCAGUUUGAAAUGCCUGGCAGCACGCUCGAUAGCCACAAACAAGAUCAGCUUUAGAGAUCUGAUACCCAAGCAGCUAGAGGCGUUCAUACAGAUGCACAGCGUGCAGAAAGUGCUGACAUAAAUAAUAUAUAUAAAUAUAUGUGACCCAGAAAAUGGCCAAAAACAAUUAAUAUUAAUAAUUAGGGCCAAUAGAAAAAGAAAGAGAAAAACGGAACUCAACUUAACUUCAAGUCAUUAAAACUGUGUAUAUUUUGAGCCAUGGCACAUGUCCUGCUGCAUAUGAUUGAUUGUAAAUGUGUAUCGAAUUUAGUGACUUAAUUUAGCCAAAUGCCAACAUUUAUAUAUAUACAAAUAUAUAUAUAUUUUUACAGUACGCGCACACGAACACAUGCACACAUGUUAUACACUAUUUGUAUGCUGAUUUUGUUUGUUUUUUUAUUAUAUAUGUUUUCUCGGUUUACUUUUUACUACACACAGACACACACACACACACACUUUCAUCCAAUUAUUUAUUUACAACUUAACACACACACAUGCACACACCUUGACUGAUUGUUUGUUUGUAAUCAUAUGUAAAAUCAUUUUGUACAUUUUCUAUAUGUGUAUAAUUCUAAAUGUUACUGCUAAUGCGGGCUGCGGCAUCUGUGGAAUCAAUUGAAUUGAUUUGGUUGCCCGUUGUCCCAACAAAUAAAUCUCUACAUGAAAUAUGCAAUUGAA